AUGACUCCCGAAGAGGUGCAUGACCUGUUCUGGCUUCCAGGCUGUCAUUCCUGCUUCCCACCUGGUAAAGCCACAGCCUCUGGACGAUUCAGCCCCCACGAGGCACGUAUGUGGCGACACGAGUUGGAGGAGCGAGAAACACUCACCAAUACUCACGGUGCUUGGUUUAUGGCAGACUUCAUGUCAAUAUCGCGAAAGGCUAGUACCUUUGGCGGCCCAUCGUGCAAGUCAAGCGAGCACGUAGUCGAGGAGCUUGCACUGGCUGUCGCGCAGGCCGCUACGAUUGGUCAAACAUAUGUACUUCUUCCGAUUCGAUCUGGUGGCUUGGACACCGCGCAAGCAAUCCAAGAAACCUUCUACAACUCAUUCCAGAAGUUCUGGCGCCAGCGGACAGGAUUUGGCCCAUCUUCGAUAGGCGACUGGGACUUCUGGUGUCGGAACGACACCUUUGCACGCUUGUAUGAUGCAAUGUACAUCCACAACGCUGAGCUCUCCAUCUUUAAUAACCAUUACGGACCCCUACGGUCGCACCCAGAUGAAGUUCCGAUGACGAGCAGAGAUGACCUCUAUCUCGCACAAACCCCACGUGCAUGGCAGUCAAUGUCCAACGAACAAGGUGUAUCGCGCGUUGACAACCUCGCAAGACAUGACACCCCGCGAUCUGCCUUCUCACUUUGUGCCACUCUAUCAACAUUAGUCACGGAGAUCGCACAUGCGAGAGCCAAUCCCAUGGAAGUCUUUAGUCGUGAGAAGAUGGCCAGACUUCAGCACCAACUGGCCUGGCAACUGGAGAGAUCAGCUCAGCUCAUUCAAGAGGAGUCGUCGAAACGACUUGCACGAUAUCUACAGCUCGUGGCUAACACCCGUAUCGGCGACAUCCCUGCUAUGCACGUCCCCAGGGCGUUGUGGCAUGCUCGGUUGUCACCUUUGGGCGUUGUGCCUAGUCUAACCUCAGCUCCGCAAUUGUACAAGGAAUCCGAGGUUGCCUCUGGAGUCGGGAUCUGCCCAGAGAAAGAAAAUGACUUGCGCAAGCUGAACGACAUGCACGAGCAUAUCACUGCCCUUCCUGUGGAUAUGCUCGACACCAACAGCAUCGGAGCACUGAGGACCGAAGUCGGCCAAAAUUCUGGCAGGCGUCUGGACUUUCUUGUCAACAAUGCCGGCAUACAUUACGCGUCGAUGGCGAUUGACAUUGACGUCGCCAAAGUCAGAGAAGUGUUUGAGGUCAACGUGGUGGCCAUGAUGCAGACGUGCAAGAUGUUCUCCAGCCAGCUCAUUGCUGCAGGGGGAAAGAUAGUUCGGAUCGGCAUUCGUCAGGCGCUUGAGCCGUUUGGAUUUUGGGUGAUUGAGGCCGCCACCGGCUAUGUGCAAAGCGACAUUCUGCGCCAUGGACUUCAAGCUCACGCGCGGUCCAUUUACCUCCCUAUCAUAGACCACAUUGAGACACUCAGGCGACGAGGCAACUUAGGAGGAACGACGGGCUCUGCCUACGUCAAAGCAGUUGUUGCACGUGUCUUGCAGCAGCAUCCUCCGCGAGAGCUCUGGCAGGGCAACUGCGCAUGGCUGCUAUUAAUUGUGACUACAUGGAUAUCGAUGUGGCUUGCAAAGUUGUUCUGGUAUAACACGUUUCAGCUGCGGCGACUCAGACAGUGA